AUGGAAUCUUCAACUCGUCUCGCAGCAGGUGUCAAUCCGAAGCCGUCAAAGUCGAACACGGGCGCCGCCGCCUUCAACAUGAAGCGCUUCCUGGAUCGUCACUUUGUUGAAAUUAGAGCCGGGAUUCACCACAUCCCCUACACCAAGGAAGAAUUCGAGCACGUCAACCGGGAGGCCAAGUUGGUGCUGGGGAAAGAGCCGGGCUGCCUGGAAAUAUCUGGCCCGCUCCAUAUCGUCGGCGACAUCCACGGCCAAUACAACGAUCUGGUCAACAUCUUCAUGACCCUCGGCCGUCCCCCGGCUACGCGCUACCUCUUUUUGGGUGACUACGUCGACCGGGGCUCGAUGCAAGUGGAAUGCAUCAUGUUACUGCUGAGCUAUAAGAUCCACUACCCAGAGCACGUCUUCCUGCUACGCGGCAACCACGAGCUGGCCAGAAUCAACAACACCUACGGAUUCCUCCAUUCCUGUCGACGACUCAUCCCCAGCGAUCCCAACUACGGCAUCGAGGUCUGGAAGGAAUUCCAGUUGAAGAAACCCUUCAAAAACCCGGCACGCGGCCUGGCCAACGAUCUGAUGUGGGCGGACCCGGACAAAGAGCCAUUCAACCACUGGCGAGGCAGCAAGCGUGGCAGCGGCUUCAAGUUUGGCCAAGACGUGCUGGAAGAAGCGCUGGACCGUCUGGGCGUCGAGCUGAUCGUGCGGGGCCACCAAAUGUGCCUGGAGGGCUACGCGCUCGAGUGCAAGCGGCUGAUCCUGACCAUCUUCUCGGCGCCCGGCUAUUGCGCACAGUACCGAAACGCUGGAUGCGUGCUGAAGGUGAGCGAGGACCUGGAGUGCAGUCUGAUCGCCUUCGUGCCGGAUGGAGAAGGGGUGCAGGAUAUGCUGGAGAAGGGCGGCCGCCUCUGGGACACCGAGGUCGACGAGUUCUACAAAGCCCAGGCGCCCCAA